AGAGUCUCGACCGGGAGGUUAGGAUGCGUGUUGCAUAACACGUUUUCGCCCUCGCUCAUUGCGGUCUUCUCAAUAUUUUCAUUUAGCAUUUAACCAGUUAACAGCGCGGCCGGUCGCCGCUUUUUUCCGCCAGAUUGUUUAUUUUUGAGUGAAACUGCAUCGAAGGAGUAUAUUUUUAUCAAAAUUUAAGGUGAGAGUCACACACAUUGACAUACAUCUCAUAUGUGCCAUUGUUGAGCAUGUUGCGAAACGACAAAGGAAUUCUCAAGCAAUUCUAUAACUGUAAGAUCCUGCGUGAUAGUAAAAUUUUGACAGAGGAUCUAUGGGUGCGAGACGGAAAGAUCGUGAAUCCGGAGAAAAUCUUUUAUGUCGAGAAGAUCAAGCCAGAUGUUAAGAUAAAUUGCGGCGGCGCUUUGAUCUCACCAGGAUAUAUUGAUGUGCAGAUCAAUGGAGGAUUUGGCAUAGAUUUCUCAUGUAACAUUGAUGAUAUUGAAGAAGGCAUUGCUAAGGUAGCAAAAGGAUUGCUGGGACAUGGUGUUACAUCCUUUUGUCCUACAUUGGUUACAUCUCCCACGGAGAUGUAUCACAAAAUUUUGCCGAAAAUAAAAAAACAAAAUGGAGGUAGCCAUGGUGCUGGUGUACUGGGUGUUCAUUUAGAAGGACCAUUCAUUAGUCCAAACAAGAAGGGUGCCCAUCCUGAGCAUUGUAUUAGAAAAUUUGAUCAGGAAUUUAAAUCAGUUACUGAUAUGUAUGGUGAACUGGACAAUGUGUGCAUGCUCACAUUAGCACCUGAGAUUCCAAAUGCUAUAUCUGUUAUUGAAGAAUUAUGUAGAAGAAACAUCAAAGUAUCUCUUGGACAUUCUAUAGCAAAUUUAAAUGAAGGAGAAAAAGCAGUUAAACAUGGAGCAUCGUUUAUUACUCAUCUAUUCAAUGCCAUGUUGCCUUUUCAUCAUAGAGAUCCAGGAUUGGUUGGUCUUUUAACUUCUGACCAAAUUCCGCUCGGAAGAAUAAUUCAUUUUGGUAUAAUUUCCGAUGGAAUUCAUACUCAUCCUGCAGCGUUGCGAAUUGCUCACAGAACGCAUCCCAAAGGUCUCGUGCUUGUAACUGAUGCAAUAUCAGCGUUAGGUCUGGAGGAGGGAAUUCAUCAACUAGGACAAUUUAAGAUAGAAAUACGUAAAGGAUGUGCUUAUAUUGCUGAAACAAAUACUCUGUGUGGUAGCAUGGCCGAGUUUUCCAAAUGUGUGAGACAUUUUAAAGAAGCUACAGGUCUCGCGAAUUGUGCAACGCACCUGCCGCCUUGCUCGAGCGGACCAGCCAUCUCCCGCUGGGGCAUGCACCAGAUUCUAGACUUACGAGCCCGAGAGUCACACAUUGUCGCCAACAUCAUUAUACCAACAACACCAACGCUACCACCACCAAGUAAGUUCCCCGUCAGCCAAACGUGAACAAACAGAUUAUUCGGAGAGUCUGCUAUCACUUUCUGUUACCAGAAAGGCAACAGAUUUCACACAGACUCUGCAAUAUCUGCGGUGUCAGCUGUCAGAAGAACUGCUGUCAGAAAUAGGACAGAAACUGUUGGCAUUUAAUUUCAGCAGAAAUCGAGCACCUAGUGUUGACAGGACUGUUGUCAGAUUGGCGGCAAAAAUCAAGCAUAACCUGCGUAACACAAUCUAACGGCAGACUGGCAGCAGAAAUCGAGCACCGCGUGCUGACAAGACCUGACAUCAGAUUGGCGGCAAAAAACGAGCCAAAUCUACGCGACAAUCUAACAGUAGACUGGCAGCACCACGCGAACAUGCCGUGCUGCCAGCAGCUUAUGUCAGAUAUGCGACAGAAUUAGAGCAAGACCUGCACAAUACAAUCUGACGGCAGAUUGUUAGCACCAAUC